AACACACUAAUACCUUCACUCAUUAAGUGGAAAAAUACUGGAGGAGCUAAAUCAGAUGUGCUGAAAACUGUGCUUUGCUUGUAAGUGCCACCUUUGGCUAACUGCUAGCUCAGGUUUUCUAUGCAACUUCAUUCCUCACCUGAAAGGCUUCAAGUGCUUCAAGAAACAUAAUAGCAUUGAAGGUCAGAUGGCCUGAAUAUCUGAUAUCUACAUUUAACUUUCACCCCAAAAUACGAUACAGCAAUUAAUUAUAGCUUGCUACACUUGUUGAGUGCAAAUGCACUGGUUUUUGUUGACUUUUUUUCAGUGUUGUGUUGGGAUCCUGUGACAAAAACUGAAAGGACUGUUGUGAUGUUUGCAGUGUCUCAAAAUGAUGAUAAACAUCUUACAUAAUUAGAAUUGCCUUAUAUAAAAUACUAAAUUUGUCAUAAAAUGUCAGGCUGAAAAGUUUUUUUAUGUAAUAUUAUAUCUCCAGUCUGUUAAACUUCAUUUUUCGUAGGAGAAAUGAGCAUUUUCAUGGGUAAACUGUGCCAAUUUUGAGAAAGCUUGUCUUUUUUUUCCCUGGAGUUCUUUAGUAAUUGAUUACUGUUUUUUAUUUUUCAAGUGAAAAUCUUGGUUUAAAACAAGAUUAAGCUGAUAUUAGCUGCGUUUUUGCUUAAAUAUAUAUAUUAAAACAAUAUAUUAGAUGUUGCCUUCAUGGGCUUGACUGAUGAUUGAAGACUGAAGUGCCAGACUUCUGCCUCAUCUACCUGUUCAGUCAUCACAUUCUGUGCACUUUUACAAAUCCAGUGUUGAUGUUAACAGUGAAAGCCUGGUAAUCCAACAAAUUAGAUCUCAAUAAUAUUUUUUUUUAACCUAAUAUGGGUAUAACAAAUAAAUCCUAAAGGAGUUUUUCCUUUUCCAAGGUCUUUCACUUGUCAUGUGGGGCAAACUGAUUGAUAUUUUGCUACCCAAACUUUAAUAGCUGAGUUCAAAUUAAAAAAAAAUAAAGCCAUACUCCUCGAGAACACUUUCAGGAGAGGAGUGUCUGGAAAUAAUUGCUUUUAAAAUAUGUAGACUCGAAGUAGUAAUGCUAUACAAAGAAAAAGGAUCGUUAAAAGAAACGUUCUAGGGUUGUUUACUAAUGAAACAAAUCCUGACCUUAUUACUUCCUGAUCUUCUGACUGGGCGUCUGCUUUGUAACAUCCAAAUCGAUUUGUUGCUUUCAAUAUUUUAAAGAAGAAAAUGAGAAAUGUGGCUAAUUUCAACAAUCAUUAGUUAGAUUUUUGUAGUAUUAAUCACACCAGACAAUUUACUACUAGUUUUUAAUCAACACUGCUACUAAGCUAGGUAUAUUUCCAAAGAUUUCUUAUCCUGCAGAUCUUUGAGCCAAAACUAGUAGUUUUUUCCUACUUCAUCUGUCUUGGAGAUAAUUUUGCCUCCAAUUACAUAGAAUGCAUUCACAAGACCUCUGCUGGAUUCAGAUUUUAUUAGAUGGUUGAUGUCAGAGUUAAAAAAUGUUCUCGAGAGACAGUAAGAUUUUUGGAAUGUCCCGGUAUCCUUGACUUCUCCCAAUCUGUCUGCUAGCAUUACCUCAUCAAUUUCUUUCUAGAGUGAAGUAUAGAAUAAGUUAAACAAUAGCUUGCAUUAAACUAAAUUAAAAUAUAGAUCUAUUUAAUGGUUAGUAACUUAAUUUUAAUCAAAUUCUAUCCAACAAUAUGCCUUAAGACCUUUGUCUGAGAUACUGCUUUUACACAAUAGGAAAUGUCUGAGCAUGAUACUUCAAAAUAACAACUAUAUUCAUGUGUGGGACAGCUAGCAUCUAGACAGGAGAUUAAGCUGAGAUAUGAGGUGGAUUCUGAGAAUAUCUGAUUUUAUAAGCCAGUGGGAAUGUCUCUAACUAUGUGAUUCCUAGUUAAAAAGCAAAAAUGAUUUACCUGUAGAGCUUGCCUGUAGCUCAGUAGUCGUCUGCGUUUGUUACUGGAUGCUGUGCUUUAAUAGGAUUCAGGGUGAUUUGGUUUUACAUCUCUCUAGGCCUUCAUACAAAAGGAUCACAAAAUACUCUUUCUAUUAAUUAAAUGUAGAGAGAAAAGGGAAAUAAAGGGGUGUGAAUUUGAGAAGCUGUUUUUUUUUUUUUAAAAAAAAAAAAAAGAAAGAAAGAAAAUAUUGGCAUUAUUCAGUAUAAAAAAAGUGAUAGGAAGGAUGGGUGGUGGCAGCAGCAAGGCAAGCAGCAGCUGUGCUGCAGCAAGCCGUGGUAUAGAGCGGGGUCAGUGCUAGCGGAGGGGAAGGGGGCAUGGAAGGGGUUCAGAAACCGAAGCUUGCAGGAGUCCUGCAAUCAAAGCUGAGCCAAAGAUCCUGGUUGUCUACCCGAGGCCGGUAAUUAUCAACCUGUUCUACCAGUUAAUAGUUUAAAGUUGUGUUAUUGCUGUCAAAAAUGCUCAAAGAGGAUCGUGUUUUCUCCCAAGUGGUAUUACUUUCAUGAGCUCUUUAUGAGGAAGGGUGGCAUGUAAGAGCUCUGUCUUGCAUUCUCGUCACUUAUUGAUCAUCCGUGUAAAAUACUUGGAUGCUGAGCUCAUUUAAAAUGUUUAAUUAUCAUAUGUGUUGUGGGUUUUCUUCUGUCUCUUAAGGCUUUUCACUUAAUUUGUUCUUUACCUACAACUGCGGGAUUGUUUAUGAAGGCACACCAAGCACGUUGCUUUUAAGCACGAACAUAUUUUCUUUGAAGUGGUAGUUUCAAAUGCACAUGAAGAAUUCCCAGAAAAGAAGCAGUACUCUCCCUAAAGAAGCAGUACUCAAAGCUCACACCACGCAUACCAUCCACACCGCCGUCUGCCAUCAAUUUGGGGUAAAUGUUAGAAUGAGAAAAAUUUAAUCUUUUAAAUUCAGCGUGGUCUGUUUGUAUUUGGUGGAAACGAGCUCAUCAUUUUGGAACCUGGGAAAAAAAAUCUAAAAAAUUCAGAAAUGUGUUUUAUAUAGCAGUGGGCACCCAGUGGCCUCCACCUCAGAAGCAGCUGAACUUCAGUGGCAAGUGGUGUGGGUGCAUCUCCUCGGGACAGUCACACCCUGCGGGCACAGCGUCCCUGCUGAGCACCCUGAUAGUGCCAGGAGCAGCUCCUCCGGUGUGCUAAGUGAUCCUGGGCUGCAGCAGGCAAGUCUUGGAGCAAAAGAAGGGAGCUGCUGCCCGUAGCAAAUGAUGUUCUGCUAAUUUUAAGAGAAGUAGAAAUUAAUUUAGUCAAUGAGUUAAUGAACUGAGUCGUCAAAGUAAUUUGAAGUUUAGCACAAGACAGUGAAACGCAUGAUAAAAAAAAAAAUAAUAAUAAAAUUGUGAACUUCCACAGAUUUAGAAGUUAAUUUUAAUGCCGUGCUGUAGGGGUGAGACAUGUAAGCCCUGUUAACGCUGGGAGCUCUAAUUCAACAAGCUCGCACCUGAAAAGCUGCCCAGAAUAUCAGUGGUACUGAAAGGCUUCUUAAUCUGGUGUUUUUCUGGAACAAAUUUUAAUGCUUACCAGUUACGGCUGCCAGUUUGAAUAAUUGCAUGUCUUAAAGCAAAACAGUUUUUUGGUAACAGGCACUUGAACCCUUGCCUUUACAAACCAGUUUGCUGCUAUUUGCUGUGCUGUAGUUUUUUGCUUCACGGCUUAAUCUCAGCUGAUUCUUGCAAGGAGCACGAUGUUCCCUGUAGGAAAGGAGUGCGAGUGGAAUUAUGGCGACUGACGUAACUGGAAACUUCGCUUCAAGAUGUACACAAUUCUUGAAGGAAAAAAAAAAAAGUAUCAGUUUAGGGUAUUUCUUUAGAAUAUAAGCAAGUCAAGAAGCUACAGUCAGAAAGGGCUGCACCAGAAAUAAAAUGUCCUCGGGUGGAACAAGUCCUGUUCCUGAUUCAGAGCGUGCCCUGCAAUUCCUCUGCCUUCUGGGGGCCUUCAGCAGGGGAUGACCACGGAGCACGGCCCCGCCAGGUGACCUCCAUGGCCUUACAGCGCUCGGCUUUCCAGCAGCAGCACAGGGGCCAGGCCUGCUCUGCCAGCCACACCUUCUGCUUCGGGGACCUUUGUUUUGCAUAUGUGCCCUAAAGUCCGUAUCCGGUGGCCGUAUCCUGUUUUUGUUACAGGGUAUUUUGAAAUAGAGUUUCCAAUCAGCAUUUGAACUAAGACCUCUGUAGCAGAAAUCAAUUGAAAAUACCCUGAAAUGGCUGAGCCUGUGGAUAAGCGAGCAGUGACUUUAAAAUCUCCUGAGAUACAAGUGCUUUUGGAAGUUUAUUGCAACACACCUGACACUUCGGUACCAUAAAUCACUGGCUCCCCUCCCACAGGUAUAUCGGAAACCUGUGGGACCGUGCCCUCGUACUACACCCCCUGCACAAUAGAUCAGCUCUGCACAACAAAGGCGUCAGCGUCUUGAAAGGGACACAGAUGUGAAUGAAAUUUGAGUAGCUUUGGUGUUGAAAACCUUCCAGUGGAUCACAGCAGAAUUAUAAAAAGUUUAUUUGCAAAAGGCUUGUAGGGUUUAAACAAGCAAGCUUUUUUUUUUUUUCUUUUAUAAAUUGCUUGUCCCAAAAUCGUGCUAUAUCUUUAAAAUGCAGAGAAGUUUCCUUACAAAGAGCAAUGUGGAGCAGAGUUAAGAACCACCAGGUCAGAGAUGUUGCAAUUCCUACUUCUGAGAGCAUUGGCCUUAGCGUAACAGAAUGUCCCAAGGAAAAUGCUUUGCAGGCGGCUUGGUUAACGUGGGUAUUGGAGCACAGCGCCAGGUAGGAAUGACGUCAAAUGGGCAACAAUUUUAGCUUAGUAAUCUCCAAGUCAGAUAUUUUCUUUCCUCAUCUUGUAAAACCAAGUGAAUCUGCCAGGCUUAACCCUCAGUGUCUCUGCUGAUCCUGGCCAUAAAGGCGAUGGACUUUCUGUGGCUGCAGGGCGCAGCGAGCUGUCACCAAAUGCUCUGAAGCCACAGCGGCAGUGGGGGAUGCUGGAGCUGUGCUUACUCCCUCUGGUUUUGGAGCCCAGGUUUGCUGUGAAUGCUCUCUUUGAGCCACGGGCACCUUGGGAGCCCGGCCAGACUCGCUGCAGCGUAAUCUGUCACGGCUGAGUCAGGCCGGGAGGCUGAGGUCCGUUCUGAGUCACGGCAGCAGGGUCCUGGUAUUGGCUGAGCCUCAGGGAAAUGGAUGGUUUAAAUACUGUGAGAAUCUUUAUCAGCACAGGAAAUGACAGCUCAUUAAAAUACUAACCGUUAAGCCUGUUUAGAUCACUGUCUGGAAAAAAAUUAACCAUUGCAGGUUCAGAUAACUUGCAGGAAGAAAGGUGCUCUAUUCAGAGAGCGAGCAGUAUGCAAACUAAUCAGCUUUGUACUUGUCUGGUGGCACAGAAACGUUUCCACUGGAAUCUCUUUUUCAAGGCUUUAUAAAACUUUAAAGAAGUUGGUGGUGCUGGAGCAAAGCUUUGAGUUUCUCUUGGGGGACGGAGAGUUGAGAUAACCAAACACAGGGCCUCCUACUAAUGCCAUGAUGCUUGCAGGAUGGAGUUCAGCCGUGUUCUUAUGGGGAACAUAGAAGUGUGAAUCAAACGCAGACCCCAAAGUGUGGGAGGAAUGGGUGCUGGGUGCGAUGGUUGUUGCUGUUUUGCAUGCAGCUGUUGUUAGCUGCUCAAAGGUGAGAGCCUGUGCUUGGUCCCCUGGCCUGGCUGUCAAUAGCUGCUCCAAUUUAAAUUGAAAUACUUCUUAAAAAAACAAAGUUGGUGGUUCUGGAAGGGACGACUUCAUCCCAGCACACUCCCUCCUUCAGUUCAUCGCAUUCUUCAGCGCCACUGAACUCCCUUUUUGUAGCAGGAGAUAAUCUCUGGCCUCAGGCCAUGCUCGCUCCCGGACAGCAGGAUGAGAUAGUGAAUGUGCGCGGGGCUGUGCUGACAAAACACACAAUGAAAUUUUCCUCUUCGUUUGGUUUGCUGUUAUUUAAAAAUUCUUCCCUGUUGUCUUCAUUCUGAAUCGGAGUGCCGGCAUUUCCUAAGAGGAUGUUUUGCUGUAGCUGGCCGAGCCCAAAUAGCCAGACUUCAGCAAAAGGGGAGUGACAUCGUGUCCCCCAGACCCUGGCAGUCUGGGCUGCACUUGACAGCCAGAGAGCCUGACAAAAUCAAUCCCCGUGUGAAGUUAAACAUUUUUUCCAAAUUAAGCUGUGGAUAUUAGGGAGAUCGUCUACGAGACGGGGCUGGGGCUGUGAUUCAAUGCCGCAUCACCGUCCCAAGCAGGGCUUCGGCCUGGGAGCCUGAUGGCUCGUGUGUGUGUGCCAUUGAUUCACUGCUUACGGUUCCGAUUUCCCUUCAGGUCAUUGCCAUGAUAAAAAGGGAUUUCCAGGAUUUCACAGAGCAGAGCUUAACGUGUCUUGGUCAUCACAGCUGAGGGACUGAUCCCAGUCGCUCCCGUGAGCUGCUGAACAGAGUAAAAAUUUGAGAACUGGAUGCCACUGGAGGUCUUAUUGACAUCUUUAAUUUCAGUCAAAGGAAAUGGAGUUUAAGAACUGCUUAAAAUUAAUCAGCUGCUUAAUCGCUUGCUGUCUCUUACAAAUGAAACUUUUAUUAACAUUUAAAAAAAGCAGCACAAGGCACCAUAUUCAUCUUCUAAAAAUGGGGGUCACCCAUGGCAACUUGGUAGUUUUCUUAAAACAUUUGCUAAUUCUAACAUUUGUCUCUGGAAAAGUGGGCAAACACGCACAUGUGUGGGGGGUUUUGGAGAUGGAAACUGUGUAUCCUCAACUGUAAAUUGAUUAUUUUGUGAAAUGUUAGCAGUGGUUAGUGAUUCACAAAUGGGGCGUUUAGAUACAGACCUGUGCUUCAGUAUUUAGUGCAGCUUGCAAUUACUUGUACCUUCACAGACUGAAGGUUAUGGGUUAUGAAAUUUGUUAGUUGGGGAUAACCUGUAGCCUUUAUGAUCUAUUAAGAUGAUAAAUUUGCCUUUCAAAAGUGCGAAUAGUAUGAUCAAAUUGGUUUAGUUUUCAUAUUAGCAAAGCAGAGUUGACUGGAGUACUGAAGAACUUGAUAAUUUUUGUUAAUUUAGCAUAGGAAAAAUAUUUUUUUCCUCUGGACUUGGUGCUUAGUCCACGUGUUUGAGAAAAUUCCUUCCUGUGCUUCAAAAGACUGUUACAAAAAGAAGUUUCCUAAAAAUCUUUCCUACCACUUCAUGCCUUUGCGGUUCAAAUAUUGUCAGUCAUUCUUUUAAAUCUGAAAGCAAAUUACUGAAUUGCACAAAGUGCUAUAGAAAACAGCUUCACUGUUACCGGGAUAAGUUUUAGGGCUAAUACUGUCAGAAUAUGCACACCCUUGGUGUGUUUUUAAACAAAUCCUGGAACUUCUCUGCUGGCUGUGUAGUGUGGUGCUUCAGAUAGCUGUGAAAUUCUGUUCUAUCUGUGGAAAACUAUUAUGACAUUCUCAUUUAGAUAGAAAUCACGGCUCUUAAUUAACAAUAACAAGGGGAGAGAAGGAGCAGAUGCAUCCGUUCAGUUACAAGGACCAGGUAAUGCAUCUGAAAACAGGCUUCAGCAGUGAAAACAAAAUUCUUGAUGGGUGCUUGUGUGCAUUACAUUGCAAAUAAUCUUUUUUUUACUAAAAUGUUGUGAUUUUGAUAUAUUUAAGCUCUAACAAAGACUAGUGCAAUUUUUGAAGUCUGUUUGAACUUUCAAUUCCUUAUGAAACAUUUAAUUUUAGCAGAGAAUGAACGUGAGUUAAAACAAAUUGUGAGCUGAGUGCUUAACUUUUUCUGAAGUUACUAACGAAUCAAAAUAUCUGCAAACUUUUGUUUUCUCAAAAAAAAAUAAUAAAAUAAAAUCAGAAUCUUUUGGUAAAGCUGUAGCCAGCCUUUGUUCUUCAGCUGAAUUGUGCUGAGGGGCUGGAGCACAGCAGCAGUGCAGCCACCUCGCUGCUAACUGCAAAUUGUGUGACAACCAGAGAGCAGCUCGGGAAACGUGUUCAUUGCUUGACAGACAACCUCUGGCUGAAUAACUUCUUCUAGUGAAUGACUUUUUUUGCUUCAAGGUGAAGUCCCCCAGCAGCUCGCUACGACCUACGUUUUUACAGGGAUGGUGUGGGUCUUUUUUGGGGGUGUUCUGUUUUGGCAGAUAGAGACUACAAAGCGUGGCUGAGCUCAGUUCUGUGGUGUGCCAAGUUUCUUUUCUUUUGUCAUCCUCUCCUACUCCUUAUUUGAAAGACAAGAGGCUUUAUUUUCAAAGGAAAAUGCCAGGAAUUAGUUUCAGGCUGUCCUACAACGGGGUUAUCUUCCAGCAUCUUCCUUCAAGUCGGAUGUGUAAAGGUGCCUGUGGUUUGCAUCGAGGCUCCUGAAACUGCGGUAGCCUUUUGAAGACUUAAAAAAAAAAAAAAAAAAAAAAAAAAAGUCUGAUCUUAAAGUCAGUGCUAAGUGGCGCAGAAUUGUGAUGCAAAUCUCUUCCUUUUGCAUUUUACCUGCCUCUGGGCUGAAGUGUAGCACCUAAAGAUCCAGGCUGAAGCCUCCCCCCUUCCCCUUUGGUGCCUUGCUGAGCUGAACUUCAUAUUUCUGAGGGGAACCUCUCACUCAGUUCUAACUAAAUGAAAACUGGGGGAUUUAUUUUUUAAUUUACAGAUCAUAAAAUGAUUUUUAUGCUUCGAUAUUAGGUGACAAAUAGGUUGGCUGGUUCAGUAAAUCACAGAAUGUUGUUGAAAGGGUACAAGUAACCAGAACUAACCCUCUGAGCUGGGAGUUUGAGAAUUUUAUAUCUAAUACUGUGGGUGCACAGAGGAGAUUAUUUUCUAGACGCUGCUGUGCUUAACUUUACUUAGUUAAACCCCUGCACUUUUUUUCACUAUUAGAUGUCUGUGAACGUGCAAAGUGAUGCAGACUUUUAGAAAUGAAGGUCCUUACGUUCAGGAUUUUACAGUUCUUCAAAACAGCUAUAAUAAAAGGGAUGUCAUACACUUAAUUUUAAUCAUGCUCACAAAGAGAAGAUGCUGAAUGCUUUUAGUGGGGAAAAAAAUGAAAUAGAGCAUUGAUACACCCGAAUCCUUUCAAGCCAUCUGAACUUGGUUUUCUUGGUUUUGUUCUGUUGUUUAAUGCUCACUGGGCACUGACUUGGUUCAGUUUUCAGAAAAAUAAAGAGAAAAAAAGGAGGAUUUUGAAUAAGUAUUCUGUUAAUCACUAUUCUCAUAAUUUAAAUAUUCCUCACUUUGUACCCAUGUAAAAUUUUAGAAGUGAAGUAUUACCUCCAGUAGCUUUCCCUGCUUCCAAGUGCCAUUUGAAAAAAGAACAGAAAGCCCAGACCAGAAUUCUUUAAAGCCGUGACUCGUUGUGAUCAGCGAGUCACCAGGAGAGUGUUUUACCACAAAUAAAGUGGGAUUCUUAAGGGUGGGUUUUGCAAAACUGGAAAUUGUUUGUAAAAAGUUGACGUGUUUUUAUGUAAAAUGUGUACUAGACUUGCUUUAGUCUCAACACUUCUUUUGGCUGAAAAUCUACCACUCCAGGCACAAAAUUUACUCACCCAUUUGUAUCAUCGCUAUGGUGAAUCAUGAGGGACGCGCUCUUUUUCUAGUCAAUAUUUUCAAAAAAUUAUUUGCCCCGACUGUAGUAAAGGAAAUAAAUUUCAGAGUGAGCUGUUUUGUUUCUUGAAGCUGUGCGUUUUCAUAAGUUUUUAAGAUUAGAAAGCUAUUAUUUUUGAAUUGGGCUAUAGGAUGGAACAGCUAAAAUCAUGUCAGAACAGGAGACUGAGGAAAAUAAUUUGAGAUGUAGCCCCACGUAGCAAUAGCAGCCAUUCAGGGAGGAGGUGAUGGGUUUGUAAUCCUGUCUGUGUAUGUCUUGGUGACUGAAUCCUAAAUCCUCCCUGAAAUAAUAGAAUGAGAACUGUAGCAAUGAAAUUUAAGGAGACUUUAAAAUGUAGAAUAUCAUAUUAAUUUCUUUAAUAUUAAAAAAAAAAAAACCAACAAACCAGUUCUCUUGGAAAAUCAGAUGGUGUUUGUCAGCGAUGGGGAAUCUCCCCUAGUUCCUGUUAGGAGCGCUGGGUGUAUAAACGUGGAUUAAACUUUGGGACUGUGCUCUCAGAUAGCGCUUGCAUCACCACCACCCGGUGCUGCUGGGGGUAAUUUAAUUUCUCUGUGUAACACCUCAGCUUUUUUGUGUGCCGGGGCAAUUUCUAAAGCUCCUCGCACCUCCUGCUAAAUAGUGUGGUGUGAAGAUCAAAAGAAAAAUCACCUGCGUUGGUUUUGGUUGGGGUCUGGAUUGGCUGCGGUGUUUGCAGGCUGGAACGUGGUGGCUGCUCUGCCUGUCCCACGUUAACACCUUUGCUUUGGAGGUCCGGGAGUGCUCCUAGUGCCACAAGCCUAUCGGUGAUCUUUAUACGUUAGUGUAAGAACAAGGUGUUUGGUAACGUAUUGUAGCUUUUGUGCAAGUCAUCUGCCAUAAACCAUGAAAUGAUUCAGAACAGGGUUCAUAGUUCUUUCUUUGUUCCUUUGUUAAUCACUGACUUGUGGGAGGUGCCUGCAGAAUUUGCUAAUGCAUUCUUUUUGGGUAAGGAUGACGCACAGAUUGUCCUAAUAAGGACUUAGUUUGAGAAAGGGGCUGUCUUCUUUGAGAAGAUAGGGGCAAGUCAUAGGGCGAGCAGUUUCUUUUUUAACUGAGGGAUGACACAAGCACAAGUCAUUUCCUUAUUAAUCGGUUCAAACCAGUUCUUACAGGAACUGCUGGUGAUAAAUGUGGGACUUCUGAGAAGUCAUUCAUUUUAUUCUCAGCACUGCAUCAGUGCACAGCCUCAGCUGGCUUCUCCCGGGCUUUAAGGAAAUGCUCUAGCUCACGGCUUCUUUCUGUCUUACCACCAGUGUAUUACCGCUGAUUUGCUCUGAAAUAUUUUUCUUUUUAAAUGCUUUUUGAGGAUCUGAGGAAAUACGUCCCUUUCUGAAAUACCAGCUAAAAGAUAAAAUUCACUUUAUUUUUGUGGUUAUGAUUUCCCAAGUAGCAGUACCCUUCCGAGCUGUGGCUCAGUCUGAACUUUGUUCUGUUUGGGUCAAGUGGGUCAAUUAAGCGAGAGCAUGGACCAUGGAGGAGUUGGCCAAUAUGACCUUGGCAUGGAACAUUGCGAAAAAUUUGAGAUUUCAGAAACUAGUGUAAACAGAGGUCCAGAAAAGAUCCGACCCGAGUGCUUUGAGUUACUACGCGUACUUGGCAAAGGUGGCUAUGGAAAGGUAUUUCAAGUACGAAAAGUAACUGGAGCAAAUACUGGGAAGAUUUUUGCCAUGAAAGUUCUUAAAAAGGCAAUGAUUGUAAGGAAUGCAAAAGAUACAGCUCAUACAAAAGCGGAGCGGAAUAUAUUGGAGGAAGUGAAACAUCCCUUCAUUGUAGACUUAAUUUAUGCCUUUCAGACUGGUGGAAAACUCUACCUCAUCCUUGAGUAUCUCAGUGGAGGAGAACUAUUUAUGCAGUUAGAGAGAGAAGGGAUAUUUAUGGAAGACACAGCUUGCUUUUACUUGGCAGAAAUCUCAAUGGCACUGGGGCACUUGCAUCAAAAAGGAAUCAUCUAUCGUGACCUGAAGCCAGAAAAUAUCAUGCUUAAUCAUCAAGGUCAUGUAAAAUUGACUGACUUCGGAUUAUGUAAAGAAUCUAUUCAUGACGGAACAGUCACACACACAUUCUGUGGAACAAUUGAAUACAUGGCCCCUGAAAUCUUGAUGAGGAGUGGGCAUAAUCGUGCUGUGGACUGGUGGAGUUUGGGGGCAUUAAUGUAUGACAUGCUGACUGGAGCACCUCCUUUCACUGGGGAGAACAGAAAGAAAACAAUUGACAAGAUUCUCAAGUGUAAACUCAACUUGCCUCCCUACCUCACACAAGAAGCCAGAGAUCUGCUUAAAAAGCUGCUAAAAAGAAAUGCUGCCUCACGUCUAGGAGCUGGUCCUGGAGAUGCUGGAGAAGUUCAGGCUCACCCGUUCUUCAGACACAUUAACUGGGAUGAGCUGUUGGCACGAAAGGUGGAACCUCCUUUUAAACCCUUAUUGCAAUCUGAAGAGGAUGUGAGCCAGUUUGAUUCAAAGUUUACACGUCAGACACCUGUUGAUAGCCCAGAUGACUCUACUCUCAGUGAAAGUGCCAACCAGGUCUUUCUGGGUUUUACAUACGUGGCUCCAUCUGUACUUGAAAGUGUAAAAGAGAAAUUUUCUUUUGAACCAAAAAUUCGAUCACCUCGCAGAUUCAUAGGUAGCCCUAGGACACCAGUCAGCCCUGUAAAGUUUUCCCCUGGGGAAUUUUGGGGAAGAGGUGCUUCUGCCAGCGCAUCAAAUACUCAGACACCUGUGGAAUAUCCAAUGGAGACAAGUGGAAUAGAACAAAUGGAUGUGACAGUCUGUGGAGAGGCCUCAGCACCACUUCCAAUCCGGCAACCAAACUCUGGGCCAUAUAAAAAACAAGCUUUUCCCAUGAUUUCCAAACGACCAGAGCACUUGCGCAUGAAUCUAUGACAACACAAUUUUUUAAGCCUUUGAAGGUGGAAAACAAAGAAUGGACAUAAGCCCCUUGAAGUUGAAAUAUGAGGGCUUGCAUGGUUUACUUUUAAAAAGUGACAGUAUCAAAGAGUCAGUCCUUGCACAGAGCGACUUGGAAAGCAAAGAAAAAUGGAUUUUUUUUUCUGUCAAUCAAUGGUGCAUAAAAAACUUUAGAAAAUGGUAUUGCAGAACUCUAGGCACAUCAUCUAACUGAUUCGCAGUGACAUCUUCUCACCUUAUCAAGGAUUUUUCAGCUUGGUAGCUUGAAACUGACAGUAUUAAGGGUCAGGAUGUUGCUUCAGAAUCACUGGUCUAGUUGUGAAUGUGUCAAGGAGGGUUAGCCCUUUCACUAGGCAAAGUAUGAAAUGCCUAUAUGCUUGCGUCUGAGGAAUAAUUAGCAUGCAAGCUUGGUUAAGCUGUUUCCUGCAAUGGGGUGGAAUCAAAGAUGAGAGAUAAAAUUAAUUGGUAUUUCACAUUCAAAACCUAAUGAGUUUUUUUAUAUAUAUAAGAAAAAAUAUAUAUUUUUCAAAUAGAUUUUUUUGAUUCAGCUCAUUAUGGAAAGUAUCCCAAAAUUAAACUGCAAAAUAAUUGGUUGCUGUGAAGAAAGCAAAGGCUCUAGUUCUGAUUCUCCUCAUGAAACAAAAAAUCAAUAAGCAAAUUACUCAAUUACCAGCUUGGCAAUGCGGGGUGGGAAAGAACUGUUUCACUUGCUUACCCAGCUGAAAUACCUGUUCCUGCAAAGACAAAUGGAUCUAAUCAAAUCACAGUGCUGCUAUGUUCUAGGCUUAACUGGAAGCCAUGGGCUCAAAUACACGUCCUGCUUAUUUCAUCCUUGUCCUCAGCAGACAUUUCACUGGGAAACAUCACUUUUGUAUAUGCCAGUCACUUAGAUGGAGACAGCUGAAUAUACCGAGAUUCUUACCCAUAUAAAAGGUCAGGAAAAAGUGCAUCGGAACACAAGGUCAGUCGAUGUGGAUAUAUUACCACAGGAAACACAUGCAAGUUCUACACAGUAUAAGCAAAUAAACCUUUUUGUAACCAAUGGGUAAGAACUUGAGGAAAAUUUUUUUUUAAUAAAAUUUUGCUUAUGGGAGUUCCCUGUCAUUAUACAUUUCUAAAUUUACUAAUUUUUUUUCUAUGCUGGGGCAAUAAAUUCGCUGAUUGUAUGAGGGAAAAAAAAAUGUUAUAUGGCCUUUCAGUGAAUGUCUUCCACAGUGGGUCAGAACUUUAGCAACUUAAUUUAGGAAACAUGUUCUAAGGACACUAUUUAUGUUUUUGAAAUUGUCAUAAUCUGUACAAAUGACUUACAGGUACAAAGAAUAAAAUAAAGGUAACUUUACCUUACUUAAUACUUCCUGCCUUAAAGAAAGCAUUUCCAUGAACAUAGCUGGUGAAAGGGUUAAUAUCUGCAGAGCUUUACACUAGUUAGAGUGUGUAUGGUGUGUGCGUGUGUAUAUGAUCAUGCAACUGCAUACAAGUCCUGUCAUUUUUUGCCUGCCACAUGUUGCAUUAUCUUUAGUCAAACUGUGCAAAGUCUACUUCUAGCGUUUCACAACAGUAGGGAUUUUUUAUAGAUUCUGCUUAUUCUGUGUAUACUGAAUCUUUUUGAGCCAUAGGAUCCAAGCCAUAAAACUCUACACGUGCUGAAUCCAAUCAGAGUGCUGUUUUCUAAAACUUGCAAGCCAGAAGGAUUCAGUGAUAUCUUGGUGAUACUAAUGAAGAACCAACAAAAAUAUACUUAUGAUUGGACAAAAAAAAUAGAACUUUUUUAUUCCUGAUAAGCCUUUUGUUGGAGGUGUUUUUUUUUUUUUUUUUUUUUUUUUUUUUUAGCUUUGUAAGGAAAAUCAAGUUAGUGAUAGAAAUUGUACUGGAAGGUUACCAUUUCUAAUUUGGUAAUAUGGCCGCUGGUGACAUGUUGUGAAACCACAAUCACAGUGCUCACGUGUGUAUGUAUUAUACAGAUUUGCAAAGAGGCAACACUGCGAGCAAUGCCUGCUCUGUGCCACUUGUUAACAUAGGUUUCGUAACAUGUUUACUGACUUUAAAGCUUUUUUUUUUUUUUUUUUGAGGCAAAUCUCUCUUGGUCCUAGCUACAGCUAACAGUUGCUUUUUGGUUGGCUGGAUAUAGCUGUCCAGUAGAGUUGGUUUAGUAUGGCUGGCAAGAAUGGCAAGAGUUGUUUGUCUGAAUUCACUGCUUAAUUACAGACACAGUUUUAUCAUUUUUAAAAGUAAAUUUCAUGUACUGUCAAUGUUUCAUCCCAUAGAUUAUAAGUUUAAUUCCCUACCAUAACUGUGAAACUUUUGGAGUGUGACUCAGACAGCAAGCACACACUAUGCAAUAUGGUUUAUCCUGUAUUUAUUUGUAAAAAUAUCAGACAUAGAUCCUCUAUAUAUAUAUAGUAGUGUCAAAAUUACUAGUCAUGACCUAAGGGGAGUGGAGUUCUAGCUCCUGUCUGGCUAUUUCAGAUAAGUGCAGAAUGCAUUGAAUAUUGGAGAGCUUAACAAGUGCUUUCUUUUGUUCAUUUAAAAAUGUCUUAAAUUUUUCAUUAGAGUAUAGAAUCUUAUUUUUUUUAUUUUGUAUGAGCUGCGCUUUUUUAAUUAUAAUCACUGAAAAAAAUCACUAUAAUUUGAUUUUAUAGGAUUUUUGUAGCAUUACAAAAAUAUAGUAAAACUGAGGUUAAUACCUGUUUUGGCUAACCAUAUAAAAGUAUUAAAUCUUAAACUUGAACAAAAGUCAUAUUUUUUUUUACUAGAUGUUAAAUAGGGGAGUAUUUUGUUCUGCAGGUCAUUAUCACAAAAGGUUUAUAGGUCAGCUGUGUUACCAGCAGUUUUUCUUUUCCCAUUUAAUGCAGAAGCUAUUCUGGUAUAAGAUACUCAGAAUUUCAUCAUUUUUUCUCUGUGGGAGUGAUACAUACAUUUGAUGCCAUUUGUGUACUAAAUUGUAAUUUUGGGAAUGCUGGAAUAAUUCCUACCAAGACUGUCUUAAUUGUGCCAUCUGACAUUUGAAUGUCAUCCUGGUAUUAGCUCAUAAUAAAACAUAAAAAUAAAUGAGUCAA